GCCAAGCAGAGAGUUCGCAAGGUUUUUGCAGAAGCAACACAAGGGCUGGAGAUUUGAUGUUUUUCUCCUGUCUGCAGUAACUAUGGCUACUUUGUGCAAGAGGCUCCUGGUACCACACGCACAGCUCUGGAUUAUAGUCCUGAUUGCAGGUGUGAUCUCAGCCACAAAAGACAGAAGAGAGCAGAACGUAGUUACAUCCUGCUCAAGAUUUCAGCAAUACCCUCGUUAUGUGGCUGCCAAAAAGAACACCAACGUUCACUUCAUCUGCCAUCACCAAAAUGGUAGCAGCAUCCGGUGGUACAAAAUGAGUGAACAAGAUAAUAUCCCCCAGGUGAUCAGAAGUGCUUUGCCAAAGAUUGAAGUGGUUUCGAAAGAUACAGUUUUGGAGAUGACCAUCAAUAAAAUCCAAUAUGAAGACAAUGGCAUUUACCUGUGUGAAAAUGCAAGCCUUAUGGGGUCUGUGCAACUGAAACACAAAUGUGGGAGUGAACUCAAAGUAAUAGGAUUCAGCACCAUUGAGCAAGUCCAGAACCGAAACACGCUGAAAGAUGCCAUCAUCAUGAUCCAGUCCAUUCUCCUGGUCAUCUUUGUGAGCGUCCCCAUGCUCCUGUGUUUGGACAAAGGUGAUGGCAAGGACAUUUCUGAUGAAGACCACACCUAUGAGGGCUUGGAAAUUGAACAAACAGCCACCUAUGAGGAUAUUGCACCUUUUCGGGAUGUCAAAGCCAAAUGGACAGUUGGGGAGCAUCCGUGCCAGGAGUGAGGGAGUCUGCAUACAGGUGACUUGCAUACAUUAGCAGCAAAGCUUCUCAUACCUGCAGUGCCCGUGAGCUUCCCACUGAUGCCUGAAGGGGCAGGAUUCCCAGGCCCCUGCUGUGGGCUCUGUUACAGACUUGUAUGUUCCAGGGCAAGAUCAUGAACUGACAAGAUGGUGGGACAUUGAAAACAGCCCCCAAUCCUCCCAUGGGCACAGCGGCCUCCUGUAACCAUUAGCAGAGCUUGAUUUAGUCUUGGUGCUGUAUAUUUGGUGCUCGCUUUACUGGGUCUGUAUCCAUGUCUGGACUGUAGCAUCCGGUUUUUCGGGGAAUUUUUUUUGCCUCCUUGGUGCAUUGCAGAUAUUAGUAGCAAACUGCUACCAGCUGGUAAGAACACUGACUUAACCUCAGCCUGAAUAUCCAGGUGCUUGGACCCCUACAGAACCCUUGCAUGUUUAAAGCAACAAAUGUUCCAGUCUGCUGUGAUAAAUAGCUUUUUCUUCUGAUGCCCUGUAAUAUGGACAGGAGCAGGCAAGUUUGUAGAUCCAAACAUAUCCCAAAUGGCCAAAUGGUGAUCUUUUUCCUCAGGCCAAGCAGACCCUCACACCAUGUGUGAACCCAGUGAAAUCUUCAGGAAUAAGAGUGUAAGGGUAAUAGUGAGGGCUGGUAACCCCAUCUAGCCCAGAGGCAGGAAAGACUAGAUGUUUUUCUAAAAAGUCUGCUGCAGUUCAUACAGGCCUGAAUUCAAGGAUGUCAGGUGGCCUGUCUUGUCCAGGAGAGGACCACAAUGAUCCCACCUGGCCUGUGAUCUCUGAAUCUAUUAAAAAGGAUGUCAAUUGUAGGUUCAACUGUUUUUACAAAUUUUAAUAAAGAACAUUAAUAAAUCAGCAUUCUGUUAUUCCUGCUAAAUGCCCAGAAAUAAGACUGGCUCCUUCCUGAGACACAGCCCCAGGCAUGUUUUGCUAAUAUAUUUAAGGGCUUCAGUUGCAAUUGUAACUAGAUUAGCUCAUACAUGUUCUACAAUAAGAAGCAUCAAGAUCAUUUAAUAUCAACUAACCCACUGGAAGAGCAUUUUUUGUGAACCAAAGUAUGGAGUGUUAGCUCAGUGCUAAUGACACGUCCCCUUAAUGUCAGUUAAAACCUGUUGCAACAACAUUUCAAGGAUCACCUUGUGGUUUUUGCUGCACAGCUCAUCCAUUGCAAGAUGAAAUAUCUGAGCUCUCUCAAAGUGUGGUUGAGCAGCAGUGCUCAGGCUGAAUUCUGCCAACCAGCAGCCAUACACGCUUAGUACAUGCUGGUGAUCUGCAUGGAGCCAAGUCAGCUGAGAAAGUUCUUCUUUCACUGGGAAGAGCCAAGAAGCCUGGAAAAGCAUAUCCUCGUCACUGAUUUGUAUUAUUAAAGAUAACAGAAGCCCUGGCCCCAUUGUGCUAGGUGCUGCAUAUAGCCAUGGAAGGGAACAGUCCCAGCCACAAAGAACCCGUAAGGUAGGGCACAACAGAUAAACAUAGAACUGAGUUGGAUGGCAGAAAGUGUCAGGUACAGUGACAAACAACCCUUUGCUAGUCACCUACCAAGCCAUAGGUUGCCAACUGACUGUGGGCCUUGCAGGAGAAGUGGGGAGGAUCCUGAAGGGGACUGGGCCAGUGGCUAGGGGGAUUCCUCCAAAGUUGUUUCAGGCACAAAGCAACAGCAUAGAAGAGAGUGAGAAAGCACCCAUGGAGCAACAAAAAAACGACAGACUGAAGUUAGUGGGGUUCCAGAGAGGAUGGAGCUAGAGUGUUCUCAGUGGUGGCAGAUGAUAUAACAAGGAGCAAUGGUCUCAAGUUGCAGCAAGGGAAGUUUAGGUUAGAUAUUAGGAAGAAUUUUCUCACUAGGAGGGUAGUAAAACACUGGAACAGGUUACCCAGAGAGGUAGUGGAAGCUCCAUCCUUGGAGGUUUUCAAGACCCAGCUAAACAAAGCUUUGACUGAGAUGAUCUAGUUGGGGAAGGUACUGCUUUGAGCAGGGGUUUGGACUAGAUGACCUCCUGAGGUCCCUUCAACCCUAACUUGCUGUGAUUCUGUGAUUCUUUGACAUACCCAAAGCAAGGAGGUUGUAAAGGCCUGGAACAGAGUUCUAACUGCAGACAAGGAAGGGUAAAUCCCAGGGAUGUACUGCAAGAAAAGCCAGUAGGGCUUGGAUACAGCCUGGGUGUUUGGCUUAGUAGCACCCCGAUGCAUUUUCCUACCAGCAGCGGCAGGAUUUGCCUAAAGAGAAUACAUUCCUGGAGAGCUAAAAAUACAAAGGGCUGGCUAGUGGGAGACUCAUUCUUCAUGGGACAGAAGGGAGAUAGACACUCCAUUUGUGCUCCCCUAAUAUGACCUUUUGUGUAAACAAUUCCUGUGGGGCUACUACAGAGAUGAUAUGCAACUGCAAACAGGAGAGGAGAGAUCCAGGAGAUGUGGCCCAUGUUGUGCCAGGUUUGAAAACCCCUGCCUUGCAGCAUUGAUAGAAAAAUUGCUUUCAUACUGGUAAGUGCAUCCUCAGCUUUCUUUGUUAGUGGUACAAAACAUGUGAUAAAUUAGCAUGAUAUGAAAUGGCUGAACCAUGAGGUCUUUUCCAUAACCAUGGCAGGUAAAUCUCCCUCAGCAAUGAAAGGAUCCUGGAUCUGGUCACAUGCAUAUGUUGAUCUUUCUGGCUUACCUAAUACACCUCAAGCACAUAUUGUACCUUGUUUCUGAAUGGGACUUCUGACACAUGGGUGGCUGGUGUCUUGUUUGGGAGGUUUGUUGUUUUUUCUUGUUUUGCUUUUGGGGGGCGGAGGGGGGGAGGCAGGGAACAGAUUUUAUAUCAGGAUAGCAAUAACAAUAGGAAAACAGCCUGUAAUUGUUCCUAUGUAUGAUAUAUCAGUAGAUGCAUGAACAAUAGCAAUUCCUAACCCCACUCCCUCAGAUGGGAACUUCACAGGGCAUACUCUGCCCUUGUUUAUGUGGCCAUAUGGACUUUCAGAUAAAACUGUUUGGGCAAAGCAGCAGCCCAUGAAACAAAUGUAGAAUAAUUGGCAAAUAGAUGGUUCAGCAAAGACCAGAAAGGCUGUGCACUCAUUGCUCCUGACCCUGCCAGCUGGAACCUGAAUGCAGAGCACUGUUGAGAUUCAAGACCCAAUAGCACCCACUUCCACUACAUUUAUCUUUAGGCUUCCUUGGGGCAGGGAGUGGUGAUUUGGCCACAUGUCUCUUAUAUUUUGUGGGGUUUGCCACUAACAACCUAAUCCUGGCCCCUUUGCUCAGCUGGGGUCUCAGAGCUAGACAUUUGAGAACCAGGCAGAAAAAAUGGCUGUAAUAGUUCCACAGGUCACACACAUGGCUGGGCAGGUAUAAGCCAGCCUGUGUUAUUCAUGAAUGCCAUUUUGUUUAUUGAAGAGAGCCCACCCCAGGUCCAGUAUAAGUAACAGGGCAUCAAGGGAUACCUGCUAACCUUACAACUGCAGUGCAUCAUUAGGGUCUUCUUGAAAGUGAAUCACAGCAUUGCUCCAGUUUGUGUGAUGCCCAAAAGUCAAUUAAUUCUUAUUUAUUGGUAGCUCUUUUGGAUGGAAAUUGGAUGCAAAUGAAUGGGAAUUCAAUUACAAAUGCACAAGAAAACAGUAUUUUAAAACUGAUUUUAUUUGUUGAGUAACAGUACCUUCAAUAUAUUGGAAAUAUAAGGAAAAAGUUUAACCAAAUACGUUUUGCAUUUAAAACUCAUUUAUUUAGCAAUACAGCUAUAAUAUAUAGUCAGAUAAUUGAGUUGAUGGUUUCCAGUUACAGCCUUCAUAUCUUAGAGCUAGUAGGACUCAUACUUUCAAACUAGUCUCUAUUUAUAGAUUGGAGGAAAAAAACCAAACUAUCUUGCUUUUUUCAGCUGCCAUUUUGUUUCUUAAUGUUCUAUGAACUAGCCAUUGAACAGAAUUAAUUGCAGAAGAAGCUACCGAUAUCAAAUACAGUUGUAACACUUCAGCCUAGUUCUUUAAAGCUUUGACAGCAAAUGUGUCUUAAUGCUGUUAAUGUGUUUAAUUUCCAUUACUGCAUGUGACUAGAGUAUAACAAGUCUCAGCCUAAGAAUAGUUUUGUUUUAAUUUUAAAUGCCAUUAGGUUCCUUAUGUAAUAAAAUGUGUU